UUUCUGGAUCAGAAUCACUACAUAUACAAUGAAACAAAGCCGCAAUCUUUUUGUGUUUCCUUGCCGCUAUCUUUUUGGCUCGUUAGGUUCUUCAGUUCCAUGAAUUCUGCCGGUGAGCAAGAGCCGAGCCAAAUCCAGCAUGAGCCUGCAGAAGCUAUGCUCUCUCAGGCCGUGUCGCUCUCGUCGCAGCCAAGCCUCCCUUCUCUGCCGUCGCUAGGUCCCCGGGACCAAAACGUAAGCCCUUCCCACCACCAAUGCCUCGCCACCCUCAGAGGCCACUCCUCCUACGUCUCCGCCCUCGCCGUCGACGGCGACUCGCUGUACAGCGCCUCGUCGGACGGCCGCAUCAGGGUGUGGCCGUUGGAAGAGGCGAGCGGAAGGCAGGAACAGCAGAAGGGUGACGAUGGCUGCAGCGCUACGGUUGUCGCCGCCGCGUGCGACAGCUCCGUGAAGUGUCUUCUCGCCGUGGGCGACGGUCUCCUCCUCAGCUCUCACCAGGACGGCAAGAUCAGGGCGUGGCGUGCCGGCAGCCGGAAGGACGGGACCCCGCGCCUCGUCCUGCGCGCCGUCCUGCCGACCUGCGUGGACCGGCUGCGGACGUUCCUGCUCCCGUGGAGCUACGUGCAGGUCCGGCGGCACCGGUGGCGCACCUGGGUGCACCACGUGGACGCGGUCACCGCGCUCGCGGUGUCCCCGGACGGCGCGCUCCUGUACUCGGCGUCGUGGGACCGGAGCCUCAAGGUGUGGCGCCCGCCGGGCUUCCGGUGCGUGGAGUCCAUCGCGCCCGCGCACGACGACGCCAUCAACGCGCUGGCGGUGUCGCCCGACGGGCACGUGUACACGGGCUCGGCCGACAAGAAGAUCAAGGCGUGGAGGCGGCACCCGGAGCGGAGGAACAAGCACGUGCUCGUGCAAACGAUGGAGCGGCACAGGUCGGUGGUGAACGCGCUCGCUCUGGGGGUCGACGGGAAGGUGCUCUACUCCGGCGCGUGCGACCGGUCGGUCGUGGUGUGGGAGCGCGCCGGCAGCGGCGACGGGCGCAUGGAGGCCACCGGCACGCUCAGAGGGCACAGGAAGGCGAUCCUGUGCCUGGCGGCGGCCGGGGACGUGGUGUGCAGCGGCUCGGCGGACAGUACGGUGAGGGUGUGGAGGAGGGGAGCGGAGAAUACGGACUACACUUGCCUAGCCGUCCUGGAAGGCCACUGCGCGCCUGUGAAGAGCUUGGCGUUGGUGUACGGACGUGACCGCGGCUCGUCCGCCGCCGCCGGCGGCGGUUCUGCGCUUGUUUGCAGCGGCGCAAUGAAUGGGGAAGUGAAGAUUUGGAGCGUGCUUGUUCCUUGGUUGCUUGAAAGAUAACAACAGUAGUAGUUCAUGUACACAUUAUACCUUUGCAUGAUGCUGCUAUGUUCUUCGAAGCUCGAUGGCUUACACAAUGGCUUAGGCCGGCUAUUGCUCGAACAGUCGAACUUAUCAUGGAUUCUUUUCCUUGCUGUGUGGGUU